AUGUCUAAACGUUCCGCCGACGUUUCCGACGAGCAAUCCGCCGCUCUGAAGGCUGGCGACCGCCCCGUCACCCAGGCCCCUCCGGACGAAGUGGGGGAGUUCGAGGACGAGUUCGAGGAUGAAUUCGAGAGCGAAGAUGAGAUCCUGGAGGCCGGUGUCGACGGGCGACCCGAUGCCGAGCUGGAGGAGGAACAGAAGGAGGCCAUGGAGGUCGACCAGCAGACAUUCAUCCCCGGAAGAACGAAACUGGCCCCCGGAGAGGUCCUCUCGCCCGAUCCCUCGACAUACGAUAUGCUACACACCCUCAGCACCCCCUGGCCCUGUCUGUCGUUCGACAUCGUGCGCGAUUCCCUAGGCGACAACCGAAAGACCUACCCGGGCACGGUCUACGCGGUCGCCGGCACCCAGGCCGACGGCGGCCGGGCAAAGGAGAACGAGCUGAUGGUGCUGAAGAUGAGCGGACUGAGCAAGAUGGAGAAGGAGAACGAAACCGACUCCGAGAGUGACGACGAUGACGACGUGGGCGAGCCCAUCCUCGAGUCCAAGAGUAUCCCGCUGGGCUCCACGACGAACCGCAUUCGGGCGCACCAGACCCCGUCGCAGUCGGGUGACUACAACAAGCCGCCUCAGACCCUCACCGCCACCAUGCUGGAGAACUCACAGGUCGUGAUCCACGACGUCACCCAACAUCUUGCCAGCUUCGACGUCCCUGGCACCGUGAUACCUCCCUCCGCAUCCAAGCCGCUCUCGACCCUUCGCAUGCACAAGUCGGAGGGAUACGCGCUGGACUGGUCGCCGCUGCAGCCCCUUGGCAAGCUCCUGACGGGUGACAACGACGGAUUGAUCUACGCGACGACGCGCACUGAAGGAGGCGGCUGGGUGACGGAUACUCGGCCAUUCACCGGUCACACGUCCUCCAUCGAGGAGCUGCAGUGGUCGCCGAACGAGAAAAACGUUUUCGCGUCUGCCAGCAGUGACGGCAGCGUCAAGGUGUGGGACGUGCGAUCCAAGUCCCGCAAGCCCGCGGUGGACGUGCAGGUGUCGAACACCGAUGUCAACGUGAUGACCUGGUCCAACCAGACAUUCCAUCUGCUGGCCACCGGUGCCGACGACGGACAAUGGGCUGUGUGGGAUCUGCGACACUGGAAGCCAUCCGCCCCGUCGACCCAGAGCACGGCGUCUCCCGUCGCCGCGUUCGACUUCCACCGCGAACCCGUCACGAGUAUCGAGUGGCACCCGACGGAUGACAGUGUUGUUGCCGUGGGAUCCGCGGACAACACGGUCACUCUGUGGGAUUUGGCUGUCGAAUUGGAUGAGGAAGAGAGCCGGGAAGCCGGCAUGUCGGAGGUGCCGCCGCAGCUGCUGUUUGUGCACUACACCGAAUCGGUCAAGGAAGUGCACUGGCAAGCGCAGAUGCCUGGUACCGUCAUGGCAACUGGCGGGUCUGGAUUUGGCAUCUUCAAGACAAUUAGCGUUUAG